AUGCUGCGAAGCCUGCUUGAAAAGUGCGAACAAUUCAUCUCUAACGAGGCAGAUGACUACACCACAGCGAAUCAGCUCUUUUCGGAAGCUUCUCUGCAGGCACCGCAUCACGAUCUAAGCGAAUGCGUUGACCGAGAAGGCUAUGUGUAUCGAAUCGAGAAGUUCUGCUACUCGAACCCAUCGAAUAUGAUGGUUGGCAAAGUGGACGAAGACACUACGCUGUUUGUAGGGGAGGAAAUCGCACAAAUAGAAGAGCCGAUCCAAUUUUCGCUGUCUUUUAACAACUCAGACAAAAUAUCGGCUGUCGUAUCAGCAGUGCGUGAUGAGCUGCUCGCGAAUCACAAUAUCGAGACUGUCAACAAGGCUUUAUGA